ACGUGAAACUUGAAACAUUAAUUUUUUCAACGUUAAAAACUUGCAAGCAAAUAAAAACUUACAUUGAAAAUGGCCCAGCAGGGCCAGGGAGGAAGGCCCGGGGGAGGACCGCCAGGACCUCCUCCGCCCCGUCCACCGAAAACGCCCCCGAGUACAUCGCCGCGUGGAACUCCAGUGGUUGUCACUCCAGGCGAUGUGACUCCUGCUCGAGGGCCUCCGCCCCCACCGGCCACAAAACGCGUCUCUAUAGGUAUGGGAACGGAUAAGCCGGCUUCCAGCAGGGCUGCCCGUACGGCCCCACCUUCGACAGCAGAUUCUCCGACAAGAGACCCCGCCCCAUCGUCAUCGCCUAGGACAAGUGUUCGCGAUCCUGGCCCAUCGUCAUCCCCUGAAAAACCGGUAAAGGAAACUCCUCGACCCAGUCUUCAGGGUUCCGGUGCGGCGACAUCUGCCAAGACAACUGUUCGCGAUGCAGGUCCUUCGUCAUCUCCUCGGGUAAGUUUCCCAGAUUCUGGUGCAGCGACCCUUCGCCGAGGUAGUACUCAGGAUCCCGGAACAAGGCGAUCGAGCGUUGAUGCUGCUACUCGGAUAACUUUUCAGGAAUCUGCCAAGGCUGGACCAUCGGCAGCUGCCAAAGCUGGACCAUCGGCAGUGGCCAAGGCCGCCAAGCCAGCAGCCUCCGAACCCGAGCCAGCAAAGCCUUCUCUGAGGGAUAGACUGAACAUAUUUAAGAGGAAGAAGAACAACGAGAGCCCGGAAACGUCGUCGCCAGCAACCCGUGAGCAAAGGGCUCCUUCAAUAUCGGGGCCUUCGGGACUACAGAACAGGGCCAAAACCAACCGCAUCCUCUACACCACCGAUGAAGAGGUGCGCGAAGCCCUCAUCGAGUUUUCCGUCUUCAUCAUUUUUCUGAUCCUAACAUCACUAGUCGUUUUGUCUGUCCGUCACUCAUAUAUGUUCUACUUCAACGACACGAUGAAGAAACUCUUUACGACACGAGAAUUGGUUGUGGCACCUUCGGUCACCGUUUGUUUUGAAAAGCUGAUAACUGUGCCGGAUUGGUGGGACUACCUGAUAUAUAACUUUCUGAUAACACUCCACGGCGAUAUGACUUUUUUGGACGGCCAACCAACGGUUAAUAGUACGGGAAAGGGGCCACCAACGAAAACAUCGGACGAGGAAUCGCCAGAGGAGUUCCCAGAAGAAUCGCCAGAAGAGUUGUCAGAGGAAUCGCCUGAGGUAGGCAGGUUGCAAGAGGGUUUCCGAUAUCGAGGGAGUCCGAACGAAGAUUGGGAGGCGCGCAGCAGAGUUAUACGGCAGGCCGUCGAGGACGGCAGUGAAAGGGUCGACAGCCAAGCAGAACAAGGCCCCGCAUUCAGCAAUACGACUUCACAUCAUUUGGAGGGACGCGUCUUCUUAUACGAGAACCUACUCUUGGGUCCGCCUCGUCUUCGGCAGAUUCGUGUGCGGAAGGAGAGCUGCUACGUGAACGACGCCUUUAUCCGGUACUUCAACACCUGCUAUGCGGCUUAUUCCUCCGGAGCGGAGGAGCGCAAGGCGAUGUACAAGGGCUCGCCAUACCGGACCAUGAACGAUCUUGAUUCUACGCCCAUCUGGACAGUACUUGCUUUUUACCGCACCGGCGGGUAUACGGUGAACUUGGAUUACGACAAAGACAGAAACCUGAAGACCAUCAGCGAUCUGAAGGACAUUCACUGGCUAGACAGAGGCUCGCGACUCUGUCUGGUGGAGUUUAAUUUGUUUAACGAAAACACGGACAUUUUUCAAAGUGUCAAGUUAAUAGCCGAAAUUCCACCAACAGGUGGUGUUAUACCACAGGCCCACUUGCAAACGGUAAAGAUGUAUUCUUUCUUCACGGAUCGCAGCAUGGUUAUGACUGUAAUAUAUAUCUUCUGGUAUAUUAUGAUUAUUUACUACACUAUUUAUGAAAUCACUGAAAUGCGCAAAUCAGGAGUCAAAAUUUACUUCUUUUCCAUGUUAAACAUUCUUGAUUGUGUUAUAUUGCUGGGUUGUUACCUUGCUUUAGUGUACAAUAUCUGGCACACUUUUAAAGUAAUAUCCGUCACAUCCAAAGCCCAAGUCGAAUUGACCUAUCAAAGUCUGGAUGUUCUUUGCUUCUGGAACAUUAUUUAUGUGGAUAUGAUGGCCAUCUUGGCCUUUCUCGUGUGGAUAAAAAUAUUUAAGUUCAUCAGUUUCAACAAAACACUCGUCCAGUUUACUACGACACUGAAAAGGUGCUCUAAGGACUUGGCCGGCUUCAGUUUAAUGUUUGGCAUCGUCUUUCUGGCCUAUGCCCAGUUGGGUCUUCUUUUGUUUGGCACUAAGCACCCGGACUUCCGUAAUUUCAUAACCUCCAUUUUGACCAUGAUAAGGAUGAUUCUGGGAGAUUUCCAGUAUAAUCUCAUUGAGCAAGCAAAUCGAGUCCUGGGUCCCAUUUAUUUCCUCACCUAUAUCCUGCUGGUGUUUUUCAUUUUGUUGAACAUGUUCCUGGCCAUUAUUAUGGAGACCUAUAACACGGUGAAAGGUGAAAUCACCCAAGGGCGCAGUCACUUGGGCUCCUACAUCUAUAGGAAACUGGCGGGUAUGCUCUACUGGAUCACCCACUGUGGGCGAAAGAGGCGACCUCAACCCCAGAGAACCGACGAGGACGAUAAGGAGGCGGAACAGGAUGCUAACGCCGCCCAGGAAGAGCCCCAGGAGAUGAGAAAGAACAUGACACCUGCAGAACAACGAUACUUUCAGGAUAUUCCACCAGGAGAAAACCAUGAUAUGGUUCGCCUGAAUAAUCGUGUCGGUUUGUUGGAGGAAAUUCUGGAGAGGUUAAUCACCAAUAUGGAUGAUAUUCUAAAACGCGUGGAGAAAGAGCGCCAUACGAAAAAGAAAUAGGGGAUCUGUAUUUUUCAAGUAACUGAUUUCAUUCACAUUGUGGUUCUGUUGUUAAAUUUUAUUUGAGUUCUUAUUCUGUUAAAAUUUACAUAGCUCCAGUUGAUAAAAUAAAAUCUAUUAGACAAGCAUCACUGUGGACGGCAGUACACGUAGUGCCGAAGCGCGCAAGAGAGCGUGCGAAGACAAAUACUAUAUAUAGCCGCAGAAUUGAAAAUCUGCCAUUAUGGUCCGAUCGUAACGAGUGAUACACCAAUCGAAAGGUAUUGCAAAAACUAAGAAGAUUGAUACUAAGACUUUCGAAAAAUAGAUUUGUUUGGGAGAAAAAGCGGUGAAAGUGUAAAAGUAAAAAUUUAGAAAAUUGGAGCUGCUGGAUAAAAGCCGCCGGCUGUUUGGCUAGUUUUAUUCUUACUGAGAAUACGCGUCGAAUGACACCUCACUUGUUGAAAUCCGAUGUUCCGUUUAAAAGUAACUCAAAAAACAAGGUUUUCUUUUUCCCAAAAUAAAAAUGUUUGUCCCUUUGUUUGUGGGUUUGUA